GUGACAACAUACAAGUGAAUGUUAUUAAUACAAAUUCAGAGCAAACACCUUGAACGUCUCUGGAUCUGGAUCUCCACCAUGGAGGCGGUUUGCUGCGCGUUCACGCGGUUCUCCUGGCCUGCCCAGUAUCCCAGUGCGCUCGUGCCCGCUCCAGGCUGGUGGAAAAAACUGCAGCGGCUGUUACCGGAGCCACGCAGAGAAAUCACUGGCAGGAGUUGAGCUACGAACACACACACACACACACGCUCGGAUUUUCGUUAUUCCUGCCGAGGACGACGUUGUCAAAACCGGGAUUUACGGCCGCCGAGAAGUGGUAGGAUCCGCGUGGGGAUAUUCGGCGUCUGAAAGGGAAACUGUCUGCGGCCUCCGAGACGCCCCGAGGUAGCCCGGCAGGCUCCUGAAGUCGUCGCUCUCCGCUUCACCAACUGGGACUCCUCCACGGCCGCCAGUGCUGCUGCCGCUCGAUUCCCGACACUGUCCAGCGUGCCCCACAUCCGAGGCUGGAGCAGUGCUCAUCGUUGUUGCACCGCGGUCGGUUCCCGCAGCCCGUCGCUUCAUGGAGGGGUUUCCUGUCCACUGACCCGCUGGACCAGCAGCCAUGUCCGCCUGCAGCACCUUCACCGAACACGUGUGGAAACCAGGCGAGUGCAAGAACUGCUUUAAACCCAAGAGUCUGCAUCGCGUGGCUCAGAGUGGUGGAGGGAGGCCUCCUUCUGAGCGGCGGCCCUCGGCAACUCAGCAACAGGACCCGGCCCCCGCCGCGGCCCGAGCAAACACUAAUCUGCCCGGCGGCUCCCAGAGGGCCGGCGGCGGCUCCGCCCGCUCGGGACACUUCCGCCCCCCGGUGGCGAAGAAGCCAACCAUCGCCGUGAGGCCCACCAUGAUGCUGCCUUGCUCCUCCGCGGGGCUGGAUUCCGACGGCAACCUGCAACGACCGGCCCACUUUUUAGAGCAGGGCAAAACAUCGGCCUUCGCGGUCUGGAAUCGCAACGGACUGAACUGCAAGAGGCCCGGCGGGCCCAGCAACAACAACGAAGGGGAAGACGGCAGCGAGGAGAUCGAAGGCUACGGGCUGCUGAGCCCCCGGACCCCGAGUGGGAACAACAACAACAGCGGACUCACGGAUGUCCUCAAAGAAAUUGCGGGGUUAGGUCCCGGGCUUCGCACCUCGCCCCUUUCUGGUUCCAAGGACUUGUUUUGGGGACGAAUCAGCAGCUCGUACCAGCGGUCGUUGGAAAGAGGCCUCCCGGCGUCGAGCUGCCUCGCCACGGGAAGCAUCAGCGGCGGCGGCGGCGCUCAAAAACGCGUCUCGCUCAGCAACAGCUCCGAGGUCAUCAGCACAGAGGGCGGUCGCUUCUGCUACCCCGAGUUCUCCAGCGAGGACGACGAGGACGAGGACGACGAGACGGAAAGGGAGGACGACGAACACGAGAGCUGGGACGAGAGCGACGAGGAGCUGCUGGCCAUGGAGAUCCGCAUGCGGGGCCAGACGCGCUUUUCGAAUUUCCGCGCCGCCACGAUGUCCCCGGUGCCCUUCGCCGCGGGGAAGAAGUGGAACACGGUGCCGCUCCGUAACCGCUCACUGCAGCGGAUCUGCGCGGUGGACUACGACGACAGCUACGACGAGAUCUUGAACGGGUACCCCUCGAUGGACUCCGGCGGGGCCCUCCUCCCUUACGGCGCCCGCGACGCGCAGGGCGGCGGCUUCUUGUCGCGCUCGGAGUCGACCACGUUUACGGAAUCCUCGUCGUCGCGCCCCGAAGACUCUCGCACGACUUCGAGCAGCGGGAGCGGCGCCCCCUUCGCUCUCCGAAACGGCUCGCGCUCGCCCACGUCCUCCAAGCCGCCCGUCGUCUGCACCUCCCCCCCCAAAGCGGAGCCCGUCCGCCGAGCGCUGAGUCCACUCAGGGUGACCGAGACGCACACGGCGGUCCUGGCCAUUCGCUUGGAAGACCAGGACGGCAAAGGAGGCGCGCCGAUGCCCCAGGCCCUCCCGGGUCAACCCGUCACUAUCAGCUUCAGUCCCACGGAGGAGCAGGCGAAACCGUACCGGAUCGUGAAUCUGGAGAAAUCCCCGAUCUGCAAGCCGUACACCGUGGUGGACGUGUCGGCGUCCAUGGCCAACGGAGACGAGCAGACUCUCGACUCGACUCCCAAACCUAAAAACCCGUCGAAGCCUUUCAGCCCCGCGCCUUUAGGCCCGCCCCCGUCUCCGAUCUCCCCCCUCUCUCCUUUUUCCCCCGCGAUGCCGACAUCACCCACACCUGUAGCGAUGCCAGGUACCUCCCGGAAGAAAUCUGGGAACAUCCGCUACCAGGAGGUGUGGACAUCGAGCACGAGCCCUCGCCAAAAGAUCGCCCGAGUGGAGCUCGGGGUCGGGGGCGGCCCUCGCCCCUCCGUGCCGACGCAACACUGCAGCCACAAGUCGGCUCCCACUUCUCCCAUCGCCGGGCUGUCUUCCUGCCGCGCCGUGCCCGUGCAAUCGUCCAUCUUCUCGGAGAUCAAGUUCAACAGUUUCAACAAUGCGGGCAUGCCUCCUUUUCCCAUUAUAAUUCGAGACGAGCCAGCCUACGCCCGCAGCUCCAAGAACGCCGUGAAGGUCCCGAUUGUCAUCAAUCCGAGUGCGUACGACAAUCUCGCCGUGUACAAGAGCUUCUUGGGACUCAGCGGGGAACUGGCGCAGCCGAAGGGGGCGGGCGGGCGGGUCACGAGCCACACGUACGAAGAGAUCGGGUCCUCUGAGAGCGCGCGGUCCUCUUCGACGGAGAAAACCAUCUCUGGUCGAGGCACGUCGGAGAGAGCCUCCUCCGAGGAGACGAAAGCUCCGGCCGAGGCGGCGUCGAAGGCACUGCCUCUCCAUCCCAAAACCACCACGGACUCUAUCACCGUGACGAGCUCCACAGUCGGAGCCCUCUCUCCCACCACAUCCGCAAACGCCCCUGCCGUUGUGGCCAUUACUGGGAACCUCCCUAAACCCAGCGCUGCUGCCAAUGCUGUUGCACACAAUUGCAGGACAAGUGAAGUUGCCGCUGGCAGUAAAGACGGCAACGCGGACCGGACGGCGGCCUGCCGCCGGGAGGAGGCCAGCGCCGUGCUUUUGCAAAUCGUCGCCUCCAUCCAGCCCCCGCAGUCUCCUCCGGAGUCGCCCUCGCUACAAGCCGAUCACUUAAGCUCCGAGGAGCUCUACGCCCUCCCGCCCGACGCCACCAAGGAGACCCUCGCCCGGCCCAAGUCUCUCUUUUCCACGACCGACGGCUGUCUUUCCAAAUCCAAGAAGGACACGCCCUCCAAAGCGUUGUCCAAAUCCCAGAGUGCCUCGGCCGCCGUCCCGCUGUCCAGCCCCCGGGCAGAGCCCAGCGCCCCCUCCCCCCCCCCGAGAUCGACAUCCUCCCCGUAUCACGCCUCGAACAUCCUCCAGAGGCAUUUCAGCAACUGGACCAAGAGCUCCGCCUCCGGCUCUCCCGCACGACCGAGCGAAGCGGAAGCGAGUCCAGGCGGAGAGGCGAGGCGUAUUCCGGCGGCAGAGAGCUCCAAACCCAAACGCUGGAUCUCCUUUAAGAGCUUCUUCCGUCGGCGGAAAGAUGAAGACGAGCAGAGGGAGAAGGCGGAGCGAGAGAAGGAGAAAGGCAAGCUGGUCGGGCUCGACGGAACGGUCAUCCACAUACUGCCGCCGCCGCCCGUCCAACAGCAUCUUUGGUUCAGCGAGGCCAAGCCAGAGGAUCCCACGCAGAAGCCCACCAUCGUCUUCACCUUCAAGCCAGAGAGUGGCGGCGCCCCCGGGGAUGGAGAAGGAGAGCUAAGAGGAGAGGAGUGCGGGGAACAUGCACUGCGGACACUCGAUGAGACCAAGGAAUCGGACCCUCCGAGCCCCGGGCGAACGUCGCCUCAACUCACCGGCGAGGAGUUCAGCCAGGUACCAGUGAGUGCCAGCGAUCGGGAUCUGCCCAGCGUCGCCUCCAAAGUGAAUCUGGGGCUGGCGCUCGGGGACGGGGAGGAGGGCCGCGCGGCCGCCACGCCGGCCUCGGCCAGCGAGGCCGGCGCCAGCCUCGGGGAGCCGGAGGAGGACGGGAAUCGCUCCCGGCGCUCCCACUCGCCCGCCUCCAGCCACUGCAGCGCCACCUACACCAACCUGGGUCAAUCCAGAGCCAACAUGAUCCCUCUGAAACAGCCACGGAACACCAAAGCAUCCAACGACACCUUGGCCUCCAUCGACCCGGACGGCCUCGCGGACCAGCCGGCCUCUCAGGCCACGCCCCCGCCGCUCCCCAAGAAGGCCGUGCCUCGCUCCAGCGCCGAGCCCGGCCCGGUCCCGGGCGGCUCGAGGCCUCGGGCCGAGGCCAGACCCGGGGGCGCCAACCUGAGCGUGGCCAACCCCAUCUACGACCUGGACUCCACCUGGGAGACGGCGAGUCAGGAUUCCUCUCUCGGCUCCGAGCCGCAGCGGGCCCUCGACCACGAGAGCGGCGACUCCUCGGAGAGGCCGGCGGCCGGCGGCCAGGGCGCGCCCUCUGGGCCCCCUCAGCCUCCAUCUGCAUCGGCCACCAGCGGCAGAGAGAGGCGGGGCUACCCGAGCACAGAGUCUCUGGCCGGAAGGGCCCGGACCGCGGGAAGAGGAGCCGCCGCCGGGGCCUCCAAGCCCCAGAGAGCGGCUCUGUACCCGGGGCUGGACAGCUGGGACGAGGUGGUGGGGAAGAUCCGCGGGCUCCACACGGACACGCUGCGGAAACUGGCGACAAAGUGCGAGGACCGCUUCAUGGCCGGUCAGAAGGACCACCUGGGAUUCGGCACCGACAGCUGGUCCCACUUCAGGCUGACCACGGGGACGCCCUGCUGCGAGGCGGGGGACGCCGUGUACUACACCGCCUCCUACGCCAAGGACCCACUGGUCAACUACGCCAUCAAGAUCUGUCGGAGCGAAGUGAAGGAGACCCAGCAGCAGUUCUUCCACAGCCUGGCCGUGAGGCAGAGCCUCGCCGUGCACUUCAACAUCCAGCAGGACUGCGGCCACUUCCUGGCCGACGUGCCCGCCCGCCUGCUGCCCUGGGAGGAGGAGGAGGAGGAGGAGGAGGAGGGGGGGGGCGAGAAGAAGGAGGAAGAGGAGGUCGCGGCCGGGCAGAAAGAGGCCGGGACCGGAGCCCCGGAGGCGGAGCCCGAGGCCGCGGGCCGCCUGAGGAGCCGCGUGGUGGUCAUCACCCGCGAGGUGCCGUUCCAGACGGUGGCCGACUUCGUGCGGGAGGGCGAGGCGCGGCACGCCCGCCACCCGGAGCUGUACGAGCGCCAGGUGUGUCUCCUGCUGCUGCAGCUGUGCUCCGGCCUGGAGCACAUGAAGCCGUACCGCGUGACGCACUGCGACCUGCGGCUGGAGAACCUGCUGCUGGUCCACUGCCGGCCCGGGAGCCUGGACAACCAGGAGCCCAACAACAACGGCGGCGGCGGUUCCGGUGCGACCUCCUCCUCCUCCUCCUCCUCCUCCGCCGACGCCGCCGACGCCACGCGCCCCGCCCGGCUCAUCAUCAGCAACUUCUCCCAGGCGAAACAGAGCAGCGCCCUCGCGGCCGCCGCCGACCCCGGGACGCUGCGCGACCGCUCCCGCCUGGCGCCGGAGAUCGUCACGGCGACGCAGUACCGCAAGUGCGACGAGUUCCAGACGGGCAUCCUCAUCUACGAGACGCUGCACCGGCCCAACCCCUUCGAGGAGGCGCCGGAGCUGAAGGAGCGCGAGUACACGUGGGCCGACCUGCCGCCGCUGCCCGCCCGCUCGCCGUACUCCCGCGGCCUGCAGCAGCUCGCCCGGCUGCUGCUGACCGUCAACCCGUCCGAGAGGAUCCGCAUGGCCGAGGCCCGCGCCUGCCUGCAGGUCCUCCUCUGGGGCCCCCGGGAGGACCUGUUCCAGGCGCUGGGCUGCGGCGCGGGCCCCUCAUCGGGCGCCGCGGCCGGCCAGCGCGAGGACGCCCUCCAGAACUGGCUGGACCUGAAGCGCACGCUGAUGAUGAUCAAGUUCGCCGAGCGCUCGCUGGACGCGGCGUGCGGCGUGAGCCUGGAGGACUGGCUGUGCUGCCAGUAUCUGGCGCUCGCCACCACGGACACGCUGAGCCGGGUGGUGCGCGUCCUGCGGCCGCCGCCGGCGGCCCAGAGCCAGACUCAGACGCACGCCCUCCAUCCGCUCUGAGUUCCCCUCCGGCCGGCUGUUGCUAUGGCAACGGAUCCAACUCCCCCCCCCCUGCGCGGUCCCUCCCGACGCUAAUCGUGUGAUGUGAGCUGAUCGUCAGAAGCCGCAGGGCUUGGCCUAAAACAGACUGAGAGGCCGUGUUCCUAGGAGCUAGGAGCUAGGAGCUAGGAGUCAUGAUGGGGGUUCUUCUUCAGGUUAAGAGUCCAGCCAAUAAAGUCCAAGACACACGUAAACAUGACGGCCAGACGUCCCUCCGUUGUUCACUUCCUCUGUUUGUUUGUUUUUUGUCUGGAUUUAAAACGUCCACGUUUUAGAUUUCCUUUCUUUUGUAAAGCUCAGUUCUGCCGGCCCGAGGACUCGUGACGUCCACAUGUCCGACGUGUCGUUUGCACGGCGCCUCAAAUGGAAUGAAACGUUCUCGCGUCGCACAUCGAUAUUAAAAAGUUAGAUUCCAUAACAUAUGAAAAAGGGAACUUGAGAUUUAACUCGUCGUGUUUGAAGGCAGCACUGACCUCCCCUGAGGACGAUGGACAGAUGAAGGAGGUCGGGGGGGAAAAGGAAAGUUUAGAAGAGACGUUUUAUCCGUUGAUGGAGUUUUUAAUUUCAUUUUAGACAAAAGUGAAAUAUGCUUGACCACUGAAGCCAAAGAUCCGCCCCGCGCCGUCCUCUCUUCUUUUUACCAGAAAUGUGUUUUGUAGUUUAUCGUCGUGACAACUCGGUGACGGCGACUCGACCCGUCGCUACGCCCUCGGCUGAAGCCGGGGUCAAAGCGGUGGAGCGGCCAUCUUCACGUUUAAAAAAAAAAAUCAGAAGCAGCUAAAAGUUUCUCCUCAGACGGCGAGUCCCACCGGGCCUUUGAACGAGGAGCUGAGGUCAGAGGUCAGAGGUCAGAGGAGCGUUGAAGGUCGAGCGGCCUGGUUGCUUGUGGGAGUCUGUGCAAUUAACACCGCUGUGUGUUCUGACCCGUAGAGGGGCGUGUUCUGACCCAGAGGGGCGUGUUCUGACCCGUAGAGGGGCGUGUUCUGACCCGUAGAGGGGCGUGUUCUGACCCGUAGAAGGGCGUGUUCUGCAGUCUUUUCUCAGCCUCUCCGUUUAGUUCCGCGGCACAUAAACUGAUCCCUCGACCCUCGCACAGCGCGGAGGGUUCAAGGACCGCAGGAAAAGUUCUGCACGAGUGUUGUUGACGUCCCGUGGGUUUUCUGAAAGGGUUUUUCACGUUCAGUCUUAACCGCGGCGCUCCUCGAGACGAGACGCUUCCCGUGAAUUCGAACGCAACUGGAUCCGGUUUGUGAAUGUAAGAAGUUCUCCUGGACUGAAACGGACAUUUGGAC